UUGUCCUUUGACCCCACAGGCUGUGCACCCUACACGCAGGCACCAGCCCUCGGGAUCACAACGGCACUGGUGGCCCCACUAAACCGUCAGGCAACUGGAGAGGAGACCUAGCCUGCACCAUGAACCCGUGGCUCUUAGCCUGCUUGGUCGCCUGCUUUGUUGGGGCCUGGGUGCCUGUCGUCCAUGCCCAAGGUGGCUUUGAAGACUGCUGCCUGGGUUACCAACCCAGGAUCAAGUGGAAUAUUCUCCAGCGUGCUAGGCAUUAUCGGUGGCAGGAAGUGAGUGGAAGCUGCAACCUACGUGCUGUGAUAUUCUACUUCCGCCACAAAGGCCCGGUGUGCGUGAACCCGAAGGACAAGGAUGCGAGAAUAGCAAUGCGGAUCUUGAGCACUAGGAAUAAGACAGCUGACAGUCCUCAGAAGAGCACAUCAGGCUCUCACACAGAAAGAAAGAAGUCAAAUCAUGCAAAGUCCAGGGUGGGGAACCCCAGCAGUCACAGCAUGAGGAAUGCCACCCUAGGCCAUUCUAGGGUGGCGAUGAUGACCAGAAAGAUGAACAACUAAGUUACUCAAGAGUGAGCACCAGCUGGAAGACGGGAGGAGUCCCCUGAGGUGCUAUCUCCUGAGCACGAAGUGGCCACUGAACUCAUGAACUCACAAAGGCUACAGUUACCAGUGCCUGACUAAGCAAUGUUUCAGCAUGGAUGAGUGAGCGGCUCACAGGACCCCACCCCUCACUGGGGAGCUACUGGCUGUUGAUUGCUGGGGGAGGGGAGUAUUUUUUCCAGUAUAUACUCCACCACCCAUGUCUAUGCCAGCAACCCUAAUUAAAUGCAGUGGGCCACACACAAAAGAACAGAGGUAUGGAAGUAGGAAAAAGGCAUCCAAUAGGAGAGAGGGGCGAGAGGAGGAUGAGUGUGUGUGAAAAUGGUCAAAAUGUGUACAUAUGUGAAAUGGUUAAAGAGUUAAAAAUAAAAACGUUUAAAGCCCA